CUCUUCGCUGGAUGUCAUCUAAUAAAUUCCCUGGAUCAUCUGGAUCAAAUAUGCUCUACUACCUGGUUGUAGGUGUCACAGUCAGUGCUGGCGGAUACUAUACUUAUAGGACAGUAACAUCAGAGCAAGCCAGACACACCGAACACAUAACAAAUUUGAAAGAAAAAACCAAAGCAGAGUUACAGCAACUUGAAGGUGAAAAAGAGAACCUUGGGGGAGCCGAGAAAGCAAGUUCAGAAGCCCCUGAAGUAUCUUCGGUGGAAGCUCAGGUGGUCGAUGCUGAAGAAAUCCCAGAUGCUACAGUUGCAGUCAUAACAGAGGCUUCAGCCUGUCCUGACACUGCAGAGGCUGCUCCAGUAGAAACCACUGCAGUCAGUGCUGAAACUGGGCCAGAGGUUCCAAAUGCAGCCACCGGUGAAACCGCAGAGGUCAGCAUCCAAACGACCUCAGAGGUUACGAAUGCAGCUCUGGAUGAAGCUGUUGCCAUCGAUAGCGAUAAAGGUACAACAGAGAAUGAAAGCUCUGGUGAAUUUGCUGAACUAGAAGAAGAAAAUUCUCAAGUUGAGUCAGGAUCCUCUACUGAGGAUGAUUUACAGGAAGAAGCCAAUGUGGGUUCUGAGGCCACCUUGGCUCAAGGUUAAUCAUGCUGAUUGACAAAAAGAGAGUUUCAUAGGUGCUUUUGUAGAUUUGGUAAUUAUAGUUUAAAAAAAAAAAAAA